AUCUCAAUCAAACAGACCUUUUAAUGAGUUCUGCUUCAGAGAGUAACGCUCGCAGCUCGAUGAGCUAUCGUGUCUCACUCCUCUCUCUCUCUCUCCCAAAUUGGACAAUCUGAAAAGCUAAUGCCCUUUUCCUUCUGCAACGUCUCCUUCUCCACUACCUUCUCCCUUUACUGAUCUCAACCGAACUCCUUUCCGUUUCGCUCCUUUUUAAUCUCUUUCCUGCUUUUUUCACUCUGUUCCCUUCAAAUUCCAUCCCCUGUCCCGGAAAUUGCAGAGCCACUUACGCCAUGCUCGUGAACGGAGCCGUUUGGAUGGAAGAGGGGGAGGACGCAGACUCAGCUUCGUGGACUAAAAGCACCAACAACGAUGCUGGGAUUGUGGCGGAGAACAAGCAUGAAAUGGGUUCGAGUUCUCUCUCUACCUUCAAAUCUGUGCUCGAUGUUGAGGACGAGUGGACUGUGAAUUGCUCUGGGAUCCAAACCCACUUCGACAUGAGGGACAUAGCCUUCUCCCCGAACCUUACGGAAGCGGAUACUCUGCUUUUGCAGCCGGUGGACUCGUCGGCGUCGUGUUCUCCGGCGUCCUCUGUUUUCAACAGUCUGGACCCAUCUCAGGUACACUUCUUAAUGCCUCCGAAACCCACCUUGUCUUCGCUCCUCAGUGCCGUUUCCAGCAACCCUUUAGAGCACGGCUUCGACUUGGGCUGCGAAGCUGGGUUCUUGGCAUCGAAUGCUCCGGGUUUGAUGAACAGGGGAGGUGGGCUUUUGAGUGGGUUCACCGAGCUCAGCUCGAAUGGUCAACUGGGAACUCCGGAUUUGGGUUCGGAUAAUCGAUUUCCGACCACUCGUGUGCUGCCGUUGCCCGACAACGGUUUUGGGUUAACUGGCUUUCGGGGUUUUGAGGAGGGUUGUGGGGGCUCUCUGUUUCUGAACAGGGCUAAGUUGCUGAGGCCUCUCGAAACGUUCCCUUCGCUGGGAGAACAGCCCACUCUGUUCCAGAAGAGGGCGGCUUUAAGGAAGAAUCUGCGAGAUAAUGGACCCAAUUUGGGUGUUUUGGGGUCCGAAGGUGGGAGAGUUUUGAAUGAACAGCAGGAGAACGGGAAGAACUGGGAUGUGAAUGGUGUGAUGGAGGAUGGGAGCAUUAUGGGGCUAAAUUAUGAUUCAGAUGAGCUUAUGGAUAAUUUUAAUAAGGUGGAGGAGAAUGGGAAGAACGGUGGGAAUAGCUCGAAUGCCAACAGUACGGUCACCGAUGGAAACCAGAAGGGGAAGAAGAAGGGACUUCCGGCAAAGAAUCUGAUGGCGGAGAGGCGCCGCCGGAAGAAGCUCAAUGAUAGGCUUUACAUGCUGAGGUCCGUUGUGCCAAAGAUCAGCAAGAUGGAUCGGGCUUCAAUCCUUGGGGAUGCAAUCGAGUACCUGAAGGAACUUCUCCAAAGGAUCAAUGAUCUGCAUAAUGAACUCGAGUCAGCCCCUCCUGGAGCUUCACUAACACCGACGACAAGCUUUCAUCCUUUGACGCCCACCCUACCUACACUGCCCUCCCGCAUCAAGGAAGAACUUUGCCCAAGCUCAUUGCCAAGCCCAAAUGGCCAACCUGCAAGGGUUGAAGUUAGGGUAAGAGAAGGAAGAGCUGUGAACAUCCACAUGUUUUGCAGCCGCAAGCCCGGUCUCUUGCUCUCCACUCUGCGGGCUCUGGAUACUCUUGGCCUAGAUAUUCAGCAAGCUGUCAUCAGCUGUUUCAAUGGAUUCGCACUGGAUAUCUUUCGUGCCGAGCAAUGCAAGGAAGGCCAUGACGUCCGUCCAGAGCAAAUCAAGGCGAUCCUCUUGGAUUCAGCUGGCUUCCAUGGCAUUAUAUAGGUUCCUUCACCAGAAAUGAAAUUAUGGACUGUAGGAUUUUCUCCAAGAGCCCAUUCAUGUAAGUGAAAAUUUCCAACAAAUCUAUGCAACCAGCAGCCUUUAAGCCUUUAAAGAUCUUCUUUUCAUUUUGGUAGGAAAUAUCCUUUUAGAUUAAGCUUUGAAGCUCCCAAAAACUGUAAUGUUCAGCCUUUUCAGUUUUAAAAUGUAAUGUCUCUUUCAAAUUGCAAUGCUGUUCUUUCUUUUGAUUUUGGUAAAAUGGUGCAGUGGCCGAACUACAAUAUUAUAUGCAUUUUGAUUAGCUUUUACCCAAA